AUGGGGGAGGGCUGUUUUCGCACUACGGCUAUGAGGAUAUCCGUAUUGGGUCGGAGAACGUACUUGGGGCUGGAGCCGAGGCUGACAUCCGGCCCGAUCCAAGGGAGCGGCAUCGACCCGCAGACGCAGAUCGCCGGCGCGGGUGUGAUCGGCCCGGCGAGCGCCGAAAAGAACUGUAAGAACGCGCACCUGACCGCCAAGCAGCAGGCAAUAUGCUCCCGCUCGCCACCCGUCCUGCAGGCAGUUAGAGCGGGCGCUAGACUCGCCAUAGAGGAAUGUCAGCACCAGUUUAGAUCAGCAAGAUGGAACUGUUCCGUCAGCCCGGAAAAUCCCGAGAACGUGUUUGGCGGCGUCAUGUUAGUCAAUAGCCGAGAGGCCGCGUUUAUAUACGCCGUAUCAGCAGCUGGAGUCGCUUACAGUGUCACGAGAGCCUGUUCCAGAGGCGAGCUCACCGAUUGCUCCUGCGACAAUCGUGUGAGAGCGCGACGUCCGAACAAUUGGCAGUGGGGAGGAUGCAGCGAGGAUAUACACUUCGGGGAAAAGUUUUCACGGGAAUGGUCCGAGAGCGGGGAGGAACCGUUGAAGGAGGGUGCUCUGCACGGGCCUAAAGGGUUGGCUGGCCAGCUGAUGAGGAAACAUGAUACCGAGGCCGGCAGACGCGCCAUUCGCUCCAGGAUGCAGCGCGUUUGCAAAUGUCACGGUAUGUCUGGUUCAUGUAGCGUUCGAGUGUGUUGGAGAAGACUACCAUCGUUCCGAGUGGCCGGUGUCGCCUUGGCGGCUUUACACGAGGGUGCCGCUUUGGUGCGAUUAGCGCAACGCGGAGGUAGAAGACCGGCCAGGCUAAGACCGGCACGUCCCGAUCUUAAACGGCCGAACAAGACGGAUCUGGUUUAUCUCGAAGACAGCCCUGAUUACUGCGAAAGAAAUCUCACGCUCGGCAUUCCUGGUACGCGAGGAAGAGUGUGCAAUCGGACGUCCCUCGGUCUCGACGGAUGCCGGCUGCUGUGCUGCGGCCGGGGCUAUCAGACGCGAGUGCGGGAUGUCACCGAGAAAUGCAAGUGCCGAUUCGUUUGGUGCUGUCACGUCAAGUGCGAAAUGUGCCGGCACACGCGGGAGGAGCACGUGUGCAACUAA